CUGAGGCAAUCGGCUGCUUCAAGUGUACAUCGAUCAACCACAGAAACCCAGAGUGUGAGGACACGUUUAACAACACAGGCAGAUUCUAUGAAGAGGAUUGUUGGGCAUCUAGAAGAGGGAGAACAGGCGUCUUUCCGGGCACACAGUGCAUCAAGAUGAUUGCUGAAGACGAGUCUAUCAACUACACUGUAGUAGUCCGCAACUGUGUGGUGGAUGAUGGAGGAACCAACACCGAGACCGAGAUCGGCAGGCAGAGUCACUGCGGCUGGAUGCGAGUCCUCAAGUACAAUGGUAGAAGAAUGCGAGGUUGUAUACUCAGUUGCGAUACAGACGCCUGUAACCUUGGAAACCGUAAACAUCAUUCCAGUUAUAUAAUCACAGUGGCUGCAGCAUGUGCUUGUCUGCUAGUGGCAUUGACACAGAGACGCUGGCACAUUGAGGUCGUGUCAGUGUGA